AUGAAAAAUGAAGCUUUCAGAAAGGCCCAUUUCGAUGGGUGGAAAAAAAAUGAAACAGAACCUUCAGAAAGGUCCAUUUUGUGUCAGGAUUUAGAAUGUUGGGAUAUUGUACCAUCAGGAUUCCAAGCUUUGGGAUUUUGGACGGAUCCCUUCAUUCUUGAUUCUUGA